UCCUAAUUAUGGAAUGGAGGCUUUUACACGAGACUGGAGCGCUGGUUUUUCCCAGCCCUUGAAAAGGAAUGUGUGUCUGUUUGUGGAAGUGUGUGCAUAUCUAUAUAAUAUAGAUAUGUGUAAAAAUCUUCAACAUCAAACCGUGCAGGUGAGAAUAUGGAAAAGAUAAAUGUCAGGUGCAGCUUCCGAAGACCAAAGGUCCCCUCAGCUAAACAAUCGUUGUCCAGUACAAGAGAAAAAUCAUCCAAACAAAAAAGUCGUAUCCGGGUGAGAGGCGAUGCGGGCCUGAUUGACAGAAGGUGAGCGGACAGCGUCCUUUACCGCCAACCGGGGCCACAGUGAUGCUUGUGAAUGCAGAGGCCGGCUGCCGCACCCCCGCCCUGACACACGCUCUCAGAUAGCCGCGGCGGGUCCUCGCACAGCAUGAAGACUCGACUUGUCUGAAGACUUGACUUGUCUCUUAUUGAGUCUUUGGGUGGUGCCACAUCGUAGGGGGAACAUGAGACAGGAGGCGAACGGACACGGGGUGCUGCUUUUGGCACUGGUGGCCCUGUAUGCCGCCGCCGGGCCAACCCAUGGCACAGGAAAUCAGAUGGCAGACCAUGGAAACGGGACCGCGGAUCAUGGAAACAGGACCAAGGACCCUGGGAACUGGACCGCGGACGGGCUCGGAGGCUCAGUGCCGGUGCUGCUGGCCAGGACCAAGCAGAUCAUUGCCCGAGAGGGGAACAGCGUCGUGAUGGACUGCAACGCCAGCGGGGACCCCCUGCCCAGUGUGCGCUGGUUCAACUCGCAUGGUGCUCUGCUGGAGUCCGAAGCCAGCGGUGGCAAAUGGCUGAUCGAGGAUGGAGUCCUCAACAUCACAAGCAUCACAUUUUCUGACCGGGGCAGGUACACGUGCAUGGCAUCCAACGUUCACGGCAGCAGCAACCACACGGUUACCCUGCGUGUGGUUUUCAUCAGCGGUGACAUGGGUCUCUACUACAUGAUCGUGUGCCUGGUGACCUUCACCAUCAUCAUGACGCUCAACGUGGCCCGGCUAUGCAUGAUGAGUAGCCACCUGAAGAAGACAGAGAAGGCCAUCAAUGAGUUCUUCCGUACGGAGGGCGCCGAGAAGCUGCAGAAGGCUUUCGAGAUCGCCAAGCGCAUCCCCAUCAUCACCUCAGCCAAGACGUUGGAGCUGGCCAAAGUCACGCAGUUCAAGACCAUGGAGCUGGCCCGCUAUAUCGAGGAGCUAGCCAGAAGCAUCCCGCUGCCCCCACUGAUCACAAACUGCCGCACAUUCAUGGAAGAGAUCUUGGAGGUGGUUGGUGUGGAGGAGAUGCGGCACACGUUUGUCCGCCAGGCCCCUGAGGGCCAGGAGGGGGCAUGCGGAGAUGUCUACACCAUUCCUCGCCGGCGCAGUGAAUCCCCCGCCGCCGACUCAGACGAUGCCUCACUGCAAGAGCAGCCUCAGCAUAUCGCCAUCCAGGCCUCAGUGCACCCCCCACUGGCUGCUGCUGGGUACUGCAGCAUGGAGGGUCCUUCACCGGAUACCCCACCCACCUCGUUGCCUUCAUCCCAUCUUGCUCUUCCUCCACCUGCUCCGCUGACAGCUCCACCCCAGGAUGGACCCACAGAGCCAGAGCCAGAGCCAGAGCCAGAGCCAGAGGCAGAGGCAGAGGUCAAAGUCAAACCUGACAUGGCAAUCUACGAGAGUCAUGUGUAGUUGUGAGGGCUCUCCAGCAUCUCCAAAAUGGAGCUCAAUCAUGACUGUAAGUAAAACAGUGAAACAGUUUCUGUCUGAGUAGAGCAUGCUGGGAGAUAUUGCUGCUGUCUUCAAACCAUGGGCAGUUUGCCGUAGUGGUAGUACUGGAAGCCUAAUAGCGUGGGCAGCCUAGAACAUUCUGAGCUUUGGGAUACCAGCCCUUUUCAAGCAUAGGUCUGAACAAAUUAGAGAUGUUUCUCUGAAAGCAUGGUUACAUACGAACAUCUUAGGGAACUUCCGUUAUUAUUAUGAUUAUUAUAUUACUAUUAUUGUCAUUCUUAUUUCAAGGGUUUUGUUGGAUUCACCAUUAGAUAUAGUGAUUUUCUUGCCUUGUACAAAGAAUGUUCUGUUAUAGAAAGAGCAUGUCAGCUGAAUUUAAAUUAUAAUUUUUUAAACCUCUUUUGGUUUCUUGUGUGGAGUCCUGAACUCCAGCCUCCCGCCCAAUUUCCUGUCAUUACGACUGAGUGUGUGUGUGUGUGUGUGGGGGGGGGGGGGUCCUGGUCUGGCUUAAUGAGGCUCGGUUGGUCAAGCAGUGUCCUCACUGACUCUUUUGUAGUAAAAUAAACACUGUCUUUUGUGUCACCCUGGCCAUCAUUGAAUUGAGCGAAAGCGUCUCAACGGACUGAAUUUCCCCUUUCACGUUAGCAGAAUCUGCUGAUUCCCUUUUUUCUUCUUUUUUUUUUAAAAAUCCGAUCAACUCACUUCCUAUUUUUCCAUUGUGGACGGUGGGAGAGCCUUGCGAUCAGUUACCAUGGAUACGGUAGUCAUUGUAUAGUAGGAGAAUUCCCGACGAAUUUCCGCAGUCCCUUAGCCAGCUGACACACACAUACAAACACACACACACACACACAUGCACGCACAUGCGGAGACACACACGCAGGUGAACAUUCAGCAGCACUGCGCAGCUUGGAAUGGAGUCAGACCCCCUUUUGGGUGCUGGGGGGGUGGUGAGAGUUGGCAGGGAACGCCGGCAGUGCUGGGCCGCAUGGCAAUGGCUUCCCUUUGUCCGGCUCCCGUUCACACACGCCGCUCCAUAGAGCGCGGUGAGCCCAGCCUCUUGGUAGGAAGUCCGUAUCCGUCGGAGCCCGACUGCAUUUCUGGCCAUUGUGCCAACCAGCCUGUUCUGGCAGCAGGAGUACCAUGGCACAGGGUGCGAAUUAUCAUGCUGAAAGCAGCCUCCCCGCGUUCACAGUUAGGCAUCCCAUCAUAGGGGCGGCCCUUUCCCUGAGCUGCCCGGGACAGACGCCAGACUCCCUGCGACCUGCACUGUAGAAGCUAUUAUGGAAGACGGAUGGAUGACUUUCAGCAAGAGAAUUCUUAUCCAUCCCUUUUCCCAUCCAGUACAGUGUUUUACCAUCUUAAUGAAACAACCUCCCUGCACCAGUUCAUCGUGUGUCCGGUCCUCGAACUCUGAAUGGCUAAUAGGGAUUAUGACCAGUUUUGACUCACACCCUGAUUGGAUCAUUCCUGCUGCCAUCACAUGUUCAGCAUCUGCCUGGCCUUUUGCCACUAGGAAUUGGGCUGAGGACAAAACCUCUUUGGCUGGGGGGGUGAUAUACACACCUGCAGUCUCUCCAAAAUCGGUCAAGUUUAGGGAAAAGGGGGCCUGCUGGCUGGCCACCGUGUCCACAGUGUUCACGUACUGCAAAGUCUGAAAGCACCCCCAUUCGACGUAAAGCUUACCCACAGUUCCCUCUGUAAGAACUCAUACUGCAAAGCUUGUAGGAGGAAAGUUGGUGACUUGAAGGGGACACGGGAAGAACAUUAGGACAAUAUGACCUUGAUGUUCAGCAAACACCCUGGGAUUUCCUGAACCACUGGUGCAAUUUGUGAAUUCAGGCUCAUCAGAGCAGUUUGGCCACAUUGUUUCUUUUAACGCUGACUGCACUUUUAUUUUGAAAGCAUAGCCCCGCCGGUGUCCACAGGAAGUGGAGCCUUUCCGGCUGCCUGACAGCCAGGUGACCUUCAAUGAGGCCAGCAUUAUGUUCAGAUCUCCCUUGUGUAUAGGAACAACCUUCUACAUAAUAGCAUGUCUUUCAACGUCAUUUGUAAUGGUUUUAUAAAUAAAAUAAAUGAUCAAAAUGCUCUGUU